AUGCAGACUGUUUCUACAAACAUUUGUGAAAGACUGUGCAAUAAGUCCAUCCAUGAAAUAUCCUUGCUACUAAAUAUUCCACAGUCAACUGUUAGUGGUAUUAUAACAAAGUGGAAGCAACUGGGAACAACAGCAACUCAUCCACAAAGUGGUAGGCCACGUAAAAUGACAGAGUGGGGUCAGUGCAUGCUGAAGCGCACAGUAUGCAGAAGUCACCAACUGUAUGAGGAGUCAAUAGCUAAAGACCUCCAAAACUUCGUGUGGCCUUAAGAUUAGCACAACAACAAUGUGUAGAGAGCUUUAUGGAAUGGGUUUUAAUGGCUGAGCAGUUACAUCCAAGCCUUACAGUAAAAUGAAAAGCGUUGGAUGCAGUGGUGUAAAGCACACCACCACUGGACUCUAG